UCUGGGGUCUUGCCAAACCCUCGAACAUCCCCUACCCCUUCGAAUAAAAAAGAAAGAUUCCCAAGUGGUGCUCCAUGGUAUAUCUCAAAUGACUCUUCCCACAAAUAUCUCCAACUGCUUACAAUUACAAAACUUGCCAAAUACCAUUACCAAAGGUUCCAGAAAAAAUUACAUAGCCAUUCAAAUCCAAAAAUAUGUCCUAGCAACAGCCGACGUCGUAUCAAAAGUUUUACUCAGUUUAAUUGUUCGAAUAGACUAGCAUGGACUACGCACAAGACCAACAACUAGUUUUACAUAAUCGUACAAAAAUAACGGGCGCGAUAAACCAUUAUGGAUAUGUUUUUUUAUUUUUGGGUUUUUUAUUAGUUGAUAAACAUCUUUGUCUAUUAUUUAAAACGGCAAGCCAUGUUGCUAAGGUAUGUUAAAAAACAACGGCAAAUAAUUCGCGAUUUUUUUUUUAUUUCAAACGUGUACCGACAAAAUGUCGUCAAUCGUUGAAGUCCAGGAAAAUAUAAGUGAAAUUUCAAUCAAUGACCCGGAACACAUAGCCGAAAACUCAAAUGAGACUGAAUCAACACAGAAAAGUUUGUCGUCCAGCCUUAGGUCGAAAAUCGGCUCGAAAAGCAAAGAAACAACGCUAGGUUCCAUCAACGAAGAACAUCAAUCGGAUUCUGCAUUAGCGGACACUGUGGCAGACCUUAGCCCGCCGGAACGAUCACAAUUACUUCAGGCGGAAAGCCAUCAAUUUAUUUUGGAUAUGGGCGCCGACAUAGAAAACCAAGUGAUAGGCUCACAAGAAAGUAAAAUGAGAGAGGCCUUCGACAGGAAACUGACGGCCAUGGACGAGCGGAUGACGUACAAAUUACAAGAAGACGUCGACCAGUUGAGGUCCGACGUUAAGACGAAAUACGAGCAGAAAAUCUACAAUUUCUUAAACGAAAUCAACGAUAUUUUCUUGGUGAGUAACCGAACCAAGAAACUUUAGAGAAACGCUGAGAAAAAUAUUAUAAUUUAUUUCCACCGUUUAUUGGUCAAAUAGUAAUAAUUUGUAAU